AUGUCGCAGCAGCCCCAGUCCCGCGUCGCCCCCGACGUCCACCCCGCCGGCGGUGGUGUCGUCAACAACGAGGAGCAGGCCGCCACCUUCCCCGGCUCCGGCUCGACCGCCUCUGAGCCCAUUUCGCAGAAGGUCAAGGCCGCUGCCGAGAACAUCAAGAAGAAGCUCGGCAACGUCGGCUACGACAACUCGGACGAGACGGGCAACGACCACCGCGUCGACAUGUACCCCCAGGGCCACCGCUCUGCGUCGCGCUCGCGCGACCGCUCCGCCCAGGGCCGCCAGACGCGCCAGGGCCUCGCCGACCCCGACGACUACCGCGUCGACACUGAGCGUGUUGGCCGCAGCACCGCGCCCUCUGGCCUCAGGAACGAGAGCCACAACGAGCACCACCACUCGCACCACCACGGCGAGACUGGCGAGCUCGCUGGCGGCCAGACCGUCGGCGGCCAGAGCCACCACCACCGCGGUUAA